GUUGGACCUCCUUCGUGGUGACGCAGCUCAGAGCCAUGUCCUAAACGCUGCCUCCAGCCCUCCAGCCCUCUGCCAUCAUCCAGACUUUCAUGCUCCCACUCUGCGCCCUCCCCCAUGUAACUGCAGUCCGGUUUCUUCAGGUCCUUGUGGACUCCCCAGGUGAACGCGAGGAUCACACCCACCCCGGUUUGAGCAGAGGGGAUGACUGAGAAAAGUUGGCUGAUUGAGAAAAUCCGGCGGUUCUUCUGACAGAGCUCUUCCGAGAAGAGGGGCAGCAGUCCUCUUUCAAAACAACAUGAUGUCCGCUAUAGAAGCUGGUACCCCCGUGUACCAACCUGCACAGCUGCUCAACUGGGUCUACAUGUCUUUACAGGACACUCAAAGUGGAGGUUUUGAUGCGUUCAAAGCCGAGUCGGAAACUUCGACACAGGACGCGAACAUCUCUAAGCGCAAUGUGGCUGAUCUGAGCUCCAACUAUCUGAACAACUUCUUCCAUCUGCGGAGUGAGGUAGAAAUCUUCAACACUUUGCAUGAAAUUUAGAACAUGAUUUUUUUUACUCAUUCUGCCUUUCAACAUCUUUUUACUGCAUGCUGAAAACUUCUCAGCAUGAUUUUUAAGCUUGCAUUAUCCCCCUCCAGGUUAUUUUUGUCACCCGUACAGUAAACCUCACCUGCAUGCCUUCAGUGGGUUGCACUGCGGUGAGUGGGUAGCAUAUGAAUAUGUGUAUUGUACCCUGGUAUAGUGCCUGAGUGUGUUCAGACUGUUCUGGUGUCAGUCUGCAGCUGGAGGAGGACUGGCAGGUUGAGAAAGAGUUCUCACAAAGUUUUAAAAAUGUCAGAGUUCACCCCAGCUGGCCUUGGCUUGGCCAGGAGGGUAUGAAGGGUUCACACAGUGGAGUUUUGGUGCAGCUUAAUUUAAGAUCCAGGAAAGUAUGGACACUGACAUUUAAAAAGUUAUUUUAAAUAUAUGUAAAUGUAUGCAAUCUAAAAUGGUGUACCUCAAGGAUCUAUGUCUGGACAACUGUUUUUUUUUAUUAAAGCUACUGCAAGGAAUAUGUGGUCAUGUUACUUUAUGCGACCCCUGUGAAAAAAUAUGCUAAUCUGAUCUAUUGUCUCUUCCUUUUGUAAGUAGUGCAAAUCCAUACUCCUUUAUUUGGCAUACUACUUUAUUUUAAACGUCAUUUAAAAGCAAACUGAAAACUCUUUUUAGUCUUGCUUUUAACUAAUUUUAUAUCAUUAAGUUUACUGAGCUAUUUUGGUGCUCUUGUUUUAGUAUCUUUUAUUUCAUUUUAUUUAUCAUUUCUUAAAUUUAAUUUUAUGUUUCUUAGUUUUUAGAUUUUAACCUAAACCUCCAGUGUUUCCGUAUCUUGAGUUUUAAAAUGAUGUUUCCUCAGUGCACACAUUCCUGUUUCUAUGAAAUCAAGCCCUUUUUAAGUUUAUGUAUUUUAAUACUGUGUCUGUUGCAGUUAGAUCGUGGGGUGGGAAUGAGGGGUUGGGCUGGGGUAGAUUUGGGUAUUUUUUGUUUCUUUUAUUCCUUUUUCGGUGUAAAGCAAGUGCUAUAUAAAUAAAGACUGAUUGAUUGAUGAUUAAGUAAUGAACAUUUGGUUUUCAAAAGCUAUUUAAGGCUCAUGUAUUUAAGUAAAUCUGUUUCAUAACCAGCUAAAAUCUACACAUGAAUUAUUCUGCAGCCAUGGUUCAACCAAAAGUUAGUCUUAAACUUGGUAUAAAAAGAUUUUAAAUUUCUGUUUUUCAACCUAAAAGUUUAUUAUACUCAAAGGAAUAAAACUAUUGUGUGUCAUUUUGAUGUGGCUGUUUAAUUUUUCAUUUAAUACAGAAACUGCCCCAUACACACAUCUGAUUACAAUUGUCCAUCUGUGAUACCCUUAGAGUGAACAGCCAGUGUCUUCAGGCUGUUCCUCAUGUUCGCCCUGCGGUGCCAUAGCACCCGUCUCCUCUGCAGGCACAAUGAUGAUGAUUGUGCAGAGCUGAUAGAAAGAAUAAGAAGAAUACAUAACAAAGGGGUGUUGUUCUGACGAGGAAAUGGACACUAUUGGUCCGCAGUGUAAAUGCAGUAAAGGCAGCACAUCUGCAGGAAUGACAUAAUGUCGGCUACUGUCGGAGAGACAAACAGGAGAAUCAAUCAGGGUGAUGGACUGACAUGCAGGCUGAGAUGCUCUUUUAUUGUACAUUCACAACAACAACCUUCUGUGUUUUGUAAAUAGGAGAUUCUUUUGUUCAGAGGUGAAAUCAAGGGCUGAUUUAUUGAUUGGCUGAACAAUGGCAUUUCAAUCAAGAACAGUAGAUUGAUUCUUAAACUAUUAAAUCAAUAAAAAUCAAGUACUCUGCGUGUGGUCAUAUUGCUUUGUAGUUUAACAAAUGAAACGUCUUUGCACCACUGGUUGAGUAAAAGCUAUCUCAAGACAUAAAUGAGUGUUUAAUGACUCUCUGCCAUGUUUAAUGAAUCAAUAAAUAAAUUUUUUAUCCAUGUGGUGCCAGAUAACAGCAAAUGUUUUCAUGUGACACGCUCCAUAAAGAGCAGAUCAAGCAUGUGCAGAGACCCAGCAUUACCACAUGACUAGAGUGGCAAAAAUUUCCCUUAAACAGGCAGAAACCUUGAGCAGAACCAGAUUUACAGGUGAACAGCCGCCUGCCAGGCAUAGUUGGGCCAUGAUUGUAAAAAUUGCAGAUGGUAGUUUACUAAUUAGUGUAGUUCUAAAACAGGUUUCUGCCCAUUCAAAGGGGUUUUGGUAACUGUUAGAAAGUGCCUAUAAUAAUUAUGGAAGAGUUUUUAACAGGCAGAAACCUCAAGAAGAACCAGACUAAUUGAUUGACAGCCAUCUGCCGCAUGGCCGGUGCUUGCAGUUUAUAAGAAAUACCCACUGAAAUCCUUUAAACAGCCAAAACCUCGAGCAGAAUCAAGCUGGUUGAUCUUCAUCCAUAUGCUUGAACUGGGUGUGUUGAAAUACUAACAUCUGUGGAUUGUUAGAAAUUGUGAGCUGCCCUACUUAGAGGGCAUUUGCCGUGUAUACGUAAAUAUAUUGAUUCUGAUUCUGUCCUGGUCCUUUUUCCAACAGGCUUUGAACAACAACUUCUACAAGAGCUCCUCGCCCUAUGGAUCCCUAAACAAUAUCGUGGACGGUCUAAGCUCCCUGGCUGACCAUUUCUCAGACCUCUCCCUCUCUCCCGAGACACGCAAACCAAGCAAAAGACCGCCUCCUAACUACCUGUGCCACCUUUGCUUCAACAAAGGACACUACAUCAAAGACUGCCCUCAGGUGAGCCAGUCAGUGUUGCUUUACAUCAGUCGGGUACAGUAGUGUAUGUAUAUGUAUAUCAAAGGAUCUACGAUGUUUUUAAGGGGCACAUGAUGGUAAGCUGAUAAGGUGACACAUACUACUUCUACUCGCUAGGUAAACUGAACAUAAUUCAAAUUCGGUGGUGUUAAAACUUUAAAGCUUAAAUAAGAAUAUUAUGCUUUUGUUUUGUCAGUCUGAAACAGAUUCCUCAGCACAUAUUUGAGUUCGAUGUGCCACCACAGGUUAGUAAUGAGCAGCAGAUGCCAGAUUGGAUCUCAAAGCCGGCCUUAAUGAAAGAUGAUAGGUUACUCUGUGGAACGAGGCACGACCUCCACUCCUAACACGAAAAGAAAUAUGACCGCUGCUACGUGCACAGCUGCAGUUCGUCAUUGAUCAUGUUCAGAGGGAAAUGCCUGACAUUUGUUAAGUAUAAUGGAUUUAAUCAGAUGAGUGAUGGUCAGGAUGUGUCUGAGAAGCAGGGAAGCAAAAAAGUAGAAAUGUGAGUAACAGGUAAUUAUUUACUUAUCAGUCAUGCAAGCUUAAAGCUCCUGUUACCAGCCGGUCAUAAAACAGAAAUUGAUAUUGGCGCCUCUUUAUGAGCUACAUAAGAAAUCACGCCAUAAGCAUGAAGAUUGUUAUUUCUGUAUGGUUUUUUUAAAUGCCUGAAAACCCUGACAGGGGGCGGGUGUCAGAUUGGGUGACUAACAACCCAGUAUGGAUUCUUAAAGAGUGAUACACUUGAUUUUUGUCGAACACAACAAACUCAAGUACAAGAAAAAAUGCUCACUGGAGCUUUAACGUUGUGUAGGAACCAUAAUGUCGCGAUUAAUGUUCUUUGUUUGUUAUGAUACACGUCGAAAAGUGUACACAUAUUACAUCAAAUGUGCGUGUGAAAUCAUUGGUCACUGUGGAAGCGUUUUCUCUGUUAUUAAAGCCCAGAAAAACUUCUUUUUUAAAGGUAUUAGGAAAGCCGCAAUAUGUUGGAUUAAGAGACCAGCUAAGAGACCAUAAGUUUGAAUGUGAGGUGUCACAUUAGUUUAGUAAUUCCUAAAAAUGAAGUUGUUUUUGUUGCAGUAGGCAUCAUCUAUUGAUGUUUCAUGUUCAUCUACAACAAGUAUCAAAAUUCUAGCUAGCUGUGUGCGAACUCAAUCUAAUCACCACCAAUAGUCCUGUUUGAAAUCUUGUAGUCAUUACCGCUGCAAACACAGAAGAGAUUGAGAUCAUUAAGUAGUGAAUGUAGGCACUCGAAGAAGGCGAGGAAUGUGGUGAAAAUUAUUUGCAGUCGUCUCAGAGGUCUUAACAUUUCACCAUCUUUGCACACCUGAUAGAGGAAAUGAUUGCGGUCCAUCGUUUCAACAUAUGAAAGUAAUACUCGACGUCCCUCAAACUGCAACGUCAACACAUUGGCAUUUAUGUUGAGUAUAUUUCAGGUUUAAUCCAAACACUGCCAAAAAAAUAGACGUAAAAAGCGUCUUGAGAGUUGUUAAAUAGAGGAGUGUCUCAUUAGCAGCAGUGUUUCUCUGAGCUGGAUCCUGCAGCGGAUAGGAAUCAAAGAAAGAGUCACGGCUGAGUAAGACGAGAGAGGAGACAUGGGAAGUGGGUGCGUGGGGCCUGUAGAGCCUUUUCUCGGGGUGGAAAGGGGCCCAUGUCAACUCCAGAAGUCUGCUCCUUUUGAUAAAGAAACACAUGGUACCUCAGAGGAAGCCUAAGGUGAUGAGGAGUGAUGAAGAGUGUCAGUUAGGUUGGAGGUCUGUUAUGGGUUUUGGUUUCAGCCAUACUGAAAGGCAUUAGAUAUGCUGUCCUUGCUGGGCUCUGCUAGCGGUAAACAUCCUGUUGACAGCAUAGUAGAGAGUUGGGUUACAUGCUUCACUAAAAGGUUAAGACGCCGAAGGAUUACUCUGAGAUAUUUACGAUUUGCCUUUGCAGCCACACCCCUCAAAAUGUGCAAAAUCUGGAAACCAUUUCUGCUGGCUGGCUGGCUCUCUUCUCUUCUUUAGAGAGAUGAUGUCAGAUUUUAUCAUGUGUUGCUAAUAUUUCAAACCCAAAGCAAUUAUUACCGAGCCGAUGGCAUGACAAAAGGCCUCUUCAGUCGAAGCUGUCUUUCUGAAGCUGUGACCAAUGAACAAACUACUUUUUGUUCUUCAUGGCUGGAAUCUGAGGCAUUUUUAGCUCCAGAGAACUCAAAUACAAACUGGGACAAUUUUGAAGUCUAAGAAGACAGAAAAUGGUUUUGUUUUCAACUUAACACCGAAAACUAUUACGAGUUUAUGUUUAAAAUCUAAAAAACACCAUAACACCUUUCACCCCCAAACCAAGGGUCAUAAUAAUUUAAUGACCUCUUUCUUAUUAACCUGGUUACUGUAAAGCGAAAACACAGUGACAGUGUGCUGACAGUCGGGUGUAUGGUGGGAAGAGCCUGGGCUAAAUAAGGAGGGCAUUGUCUCUCCAAGGGGCUGUGGAACCAGAGGUCAGGAAGUCAGGCUGUAUUGUUCGCUCAGCUCUGCUUGGCUGCAGUCAUCUCCGUCUCUCUGUGUCUCUGUCUGUGCGCGGAGGAACGGCUGUCAGACACACAUUUAAAGGGCCAGAGAGCUGCUAGCCAGCGAUGUCAGCAUCCAGACCAUGUUUUUGGAAACGGCAGAGAGGCACAGGAAGUGGGUGUAUGUCUUUACAGUUACAGCUUAAUCAAGUUUGAAUGCGGGAAAAAGUCUGCUUUGGCCAGAGGAACUUUUAAUAGAAUCAAAACUAACAGAGGGAAUUCCCUGAUUUAAAAUUAGUCACUUAGGGCUCAAACCAGAAGCUGAGAUUUUCAGGCUUUAGUCACACUAAUUGUAAGCAGCUUUUCAUUCAAUCAUUCAGCAUCUUAAACACAAUUUUAGUCACUUUAAACGGCAUAUAAUUGACGGGAAAAGUCAACAGGAUGAGUCUUUGGUAAGAUCACAAGACAAUCAAUGAUCGCUUCAUCAUUAGAGCCAAAAUUGGCGUAAGCUUCAAGUUCCUCACAUGAGUUUUAAUUGAACAUAAAAAGCUUCUUUGAAAUAGAGCAAUAAAAAAUUAAAUCACAUGCUGUGCCUCAAAUGACUGACAGACUUAAUUUAUUAUUUUGUUGAUAUUUAUUUAACUUUUUUCAUAUUGUCUUUAUCUUCCUUGGCUUUUUUUUUUUGCUGUGAUCCUGGUUUUAUUUUCAAAAAAUGAAUCUGACACAUUCUUCAGGGUUCCUAACGCAAGUAUGGAAAGUAGGGAAGUAAUUUGAUUAAUUCACGGUAAAAAAAAAUAUUGUUUUCUAAAAUAGAAAAGUAGGUAUUUCCAAAAAUAAUUCUAAAAAGUAGGGUAUGGAAAAGUAUGGAAAAUCCAACUGUGUAGGAACCCUGAUAAUUGAAAUUAAAACUUCUUUCCCAUUGGUCAGCAACUAAAAAAGUUGUUUAUAGUAGAAGUUCAUUAAUCAGAUCAUCUACCAAAGUUAAAAAAGUAACUUUUCUGUGACGGCUAAUAAUAUCUUUUGGUUGUGAUCAUGUUGCGAGUUAUAAUACUAAUAAUGUUCAUUCUUAGCGAACAGUGAUUUUAUAUUAGAAGCUUUUCCCCUUCAUACUCAGCUAACGUCCGUUUACGAUUACGUUAUGAAAUAUAUUGGGAAUUUCUUGGUCAAAGUCUUUUCUGUUUCAAAUCAUGGAGAAGAGGUGAAAUGAUAAUUCAUCUGAUACCCUUUUAUGAGAGAUUGAGCAGAGCAGUGGUUUAUUUUUGGUGUUAGCAUGUGAGAUAUCCAAUUAAAAGAGAAAUGCUAUCAAAGAUCUGUUUUUGAUCUCUUUCAGGCUCAGUGAUACACUUCAUAGCCAACCAUGUAACUGGUAAAUCUCAAGCAACACUUUCUGAUUACUGCUGCUUUGGUCCUUUUGUUUUCCCUGCUGAUAAAUGUCUUAUCUGUCCACGGCACGCUGAGUGUUGUUGUUGGCCGGAUCAUCUGCUGAGGAGGAUGAGUCAGGGAGAGGGGACCCUGGAAUGUGGGGUAGAUAGACUCCCUUUGAUAAACAGUGGCUCAUCUGCUCUAACAUAAUGAACACAUAGGACAGGAAUGCUGCAGAGCUCAGGUUUUGUGUGGUUGUAUGUUUUGAAGAUCACUUUUGUUGGACUCUUUGGAUUACAGUGUUUUCCUGUUACACUUAUAGGGGGAGGGAAUGGGAAAUCUAUUCUAGUGCUUUCUCCUGGCUGAAAAUGAAGUCAUCAGUUUGUUGUUAGAAACCAUUGUGGACAUACAUGAUUUCACAAGACUAUGAAAAGUUAUACUUGAGUCAACACAGGGGUCUUGAAAACAUAUGAGCCAUAUUGCUGUGGAUUUCACUGUAUUAAGGUGCUGUUUGGCUUUGAUAACAGCUGGGCUUCUCCCUGACGCCGCAGGCCUCUGAUAUAAUUUAAACCCUGUGAGGGAGAGCGCUGAGUUUGUUAGUGCGGAGUAAUCGACCACAUGUUGUCCGAUAGACUUUGCGUUGCUGUGUUCUCUAGGAUAAAUGCCCCAUGGGGGUAUGGAAGUGGGGGUGAUAGUGAAUAAGAGAGAGAGAGAAAGAGAGGCGAAAGGGGAGGGGGGUGAAGAUUUGGAGUAGUCCAUUGUUUAUCCUGAUGGUUUCCAGAUGAUGGCAGAGGGAGGCAGCCAACCUUCCAGGCCUCUCUCACCAGAGUACAAGGAUCUGGGCCAAGCUUAUCUUCUGUAGCCUUCAAAUCUGGCUUUACAUCGCUCCGUGCAAUCUGGGGCAGGUUUAAGUUACACAACUGAAGUUACGGCAUUUGGGAGGGAUGAGUUGUAACACACAUCAUAAAUAUAUUUCCUAUCUUAAAGCCCAAAUCGACACUUUCCCACACAGGUUGUAAAGACUUUGAAUCAGAUAUAAAGUAUUUGUUUUGGGACUACAUGUUCCUGUCUGGAUUUUUAAGUGUGGGGGGGAAAAGGGGGCUAAAACUGUUUUUGUUUAACAACUAGGAUAAUUAUUGUUGACCCAUUCCAGCUCUGACCGGUAUAGCCAACUUGACUGGAGAUUUCAAUAAUCAACACAAAUAAGAAUAGAGAUAGACUAAUGAAUCAGUCGGGAAAUUAAUCAGGACGAUUAAUGUUAUUUUGACGUAACCAACAUCAGCCCUCACAAGGCCAAUAUCACUAGUGUAAUGUAAUGUAUUAACUAGUUUUAUCCAUCCCAAGUGACAGCAAAUUGAGUCUAAAACACCCAUUGGUUAGAGUUUAUAUAAUUUGAUGAUGUACAGAAAAAUAAUAACAGUUCAGUUAAACAAUGAUAUUAAUAUUACCUUUUACUUUUUGUACUCUUUCUAGUUUCAGAAAUCUUGUGAAAAUUUUCACCACAGUCCCUUGUGGUGAAAAUUUACCAAGCCAAAUAAGUGUCUGUUUAUAUCUAUAUAAAAAGCAUUUUUUUUUCUCAUUUGUUAGUAUUAUUAGAUAAUUUCAUCUUGACAAAUCCAAAAUAUUGAAAUAGAUAAAUAAAAUAUGAUAUUGCUGUUAUAUACCAGGAAUUAGCCAGCAUGCUCCCUCAGUAUUGGUACCUGCAUGGACCUCUGAAAAACUAAUAUCAGAUGACAACUAAACAAAAACAUACCUAUUUUAGAGUAAGUAGAAUUGGAUUCAAUAAAUCAAUACGAGUAUACCAUUAUCUUUGACAUUCAAGUCUUGGGGGGUAGUGGUUGCACGGAUUUGACACUUUUUAAAGGGAUAUUCUGGCACACACCCAAACACCGAGUUAGACACCCCCUCAAGAGAUGAAUGUUGCUGACCGCUCGCUUCUCUAGUUAUACCAACUUUAGUAACGACCGCAGGAUAGCAAUACACAGCAGUCUGAGGAGCCACAAACAAACCUCAACCAAAACGCCACUCUAUAGCCACAAAUAAUGCUCAGAACAGCACCUAACUUCAUCAACAGUACAUAUAGGGUCCUAGCCACAGCGCUAGCCACCAAACAUCUUUUUAACUUUGCCUAAUUUCUUGAGCAAAGAGACUAAACACAACUCACCUACUCUCUUCCAGCAGCUGCUUCUUUGUAGCGAGACCUCUGGCCAGUCCAUUACAGACUACAGCGGGGUGACACAGCUCAAGGAAGAACAUUUAUGAUCAUUUCUUUGAAGUAAUAAUCACCAUAUUAAUCAUUUUGCACUGCAGUCGCGGUAGUUCUUCUGCCUUAGCGUCUCGGUCUGAUUGCAUUUCCAUGAAGAAAAGAUCCUAAAUUGAUUUUACGCCAGAAUAUCCCUUUAAGUUGUGGGUUCAAAUCAUAAACCUGUUGCUUUUGCUCCGAGGAUGCGCGUAAGCCAAGUGUGAGUGUGCUAAUUUAAAUAGUUUAAAAACACUCAUGAGCUAUCUUACUGAUCACCAAGACGAUACAACCAGUCAACAAGUAUUUGAUAUAGCUGUUUAACUUUGAUAGUUUAUUAUCUUGAGACCAUUUUUCAUUUCACGCUUGGAUACAGCUUGUGACAGCUGUUAACAUGGUUAGAGAAGCCAAGCCUUGGCGAAAGACAGUUUUCUGUUUUAUGACCUAAAUUUGUCUUUAUUUUUCAUCAGAAUAAUAUUUUCCAGAUAUCAUGUUGCUUUUGGGCAGAUAGUGGGACGGCUUCACAUUCUGUGCAAAGACAUUGACUAAAUAGUGUUAAAAAGUAAUAUAUUAUAACUAAUAUCAAAAGAUUAAUCAUGUCAAUCUGUCACUGUUCAUUUGUAACUCUCACUGCUAAACUGUGGUCAGAGGUGUUGUUCCAUUUGUCUGAUGUCAAUGUCAUGUCUUUUCGAGGACAGCUGGAAACUGUAGUCUGUGCCAUGGCCUUUGCUGCCCCUUUGGGCUCCAGACUUUAGGUCGAGUUUGUUUUGCUUGCUCUGCAGAGCGAAAGCUGCUUCCUCUCUCAGGAAGAUGAUGCUCUGUCUGCUCUCCCUGAAGGCCAUCAAAGUGACCUCCCAUAGUGCCUCAUGGUGGCUCUGUGAUAAAAAAAAACACAGCCCUCAAUGUCCAUCAGGGACUUAACCUUUACAUUAAACACGGUUUGUGAAGCAGAUGCAGCGCUGUGACUUCAUAAAACGAGCUGUUGGAAGUUUUUAACCUGACAUAUGUUCCUGCUGUGAAUUAAAAACAACACUGUGGCGCUGCUGACUCAGUCUUCAUUUUGACUUGCCCUACUUUUCAGCUGAGGUGCUGCUAAUUUAAAGCAGUCCUGUCAGGAUGGUUUCUUUGUGAUGGGUUUCGGAUUUUGUUAUACAAAUGCAGAGUUCAUCUGGGUUUUAUUUCCUCUCUGCUAUGAUCCAUGUGUCCUGAUUGGUGGGUCGAGGCCAGCUGAGAGGGAUGACUAAGAGCCUGAGGUAUUUGUCCUAUAGCAGGGAGGCCUCUCCCAUUGGUCCCCCCACAGGCUGGGGCCUCCUUUAUUGUCCCCGGGGAGCACAGCUGGAGGGAGGGAGCUCAUUUCUAAUGGGAAAGCUGAAACUUGUUCUUUUCUGUCCAACAAAUAAAUUACUCUUAACCGGUACAAGAUCUCAACUUCCUUAAGAGAACCCAUUCACAAUUUUGUUUUCUUUUUCUCCUUUUUUUAAAAUCCUGCUCUUAAACUCAGGAUAAAGUCUUUGUUUACCACAAAUUAUCAUCUUAGCUCAGAAACAAAAACUCCAUAAACUCUGGUUCCUUGAGAUAAAUGUGCUGUUCACUUGCUGCUUCUCAAACAGACAGAUAAUGUUGGUCAACUUCAUCUAAAACUUCCACAUCUAUGUACGUUUAAUAAAGUAGUGAUACUAGGUUGUUAUUUUUGUGUUUUUCUCUUCAGGCUCGACCCAAAGGCGAAGGUCUGACCCCGUAUCAGGGAAAGAAGCGAUGUUUCGGUGAAUACAAAUGCCCUAAAUGUAAGAGGAAGUGGAUGAGCGGGAACUCCUGGGCUAACAUGGGGCAAGAAUGUAUCAAGUGCCACAUCAACGUUUACCCUCACAAACAGGUAAAGGACAACUUAACCAUGUGCACUUCAGUGGGACACUCAGCGUCACUGCUCAGUAGACAUAUUUAAACUUGAUGAAUGGAUGAUGUCCAAUUGAAAUUCAAGAGCUGCUUGUGAAAAGUUAAAAACUGUGUCAUCAAGGAACAGAUGUACUAUGGCAGUAAAAUAAAUCAUCUGCAGAAUACAUACACAGGAAAGCCAAACGAUUUCAGGUCUGUUUUAUGGAGCUGCUGAAAUGAACCCUUUCCAAUUCCUCAGAACUUAUUUUGGAAAACUUCACUUGAUUUCUGCAAAAAUUGAUUGCGAGUGGCAUUUCUUGGCAAACUGUUAGUGUUUGGUUUCGGUUUUAAUAUUAACAGUAUGAAUAAGGAAGUGUUAACAUAGUUACACACAUAAGCUCCUGAUCAUCCUGUCAGACUAUCCAGCAUUUAAACACAGUUUUUAUAAUAUGGCAACCAUCAACCAAGCACCAAGAUUGAUUGUCCCUCAUUGAAACUCAGCUCAUACAAGGGCCUGUGUCCACUAACAGCAUUUUUAUAUUUGCAGAGGAGGUGGAACUUCUGAAAUCAUAUUUGUCAACAACAAGAGCGUAGGUGAAGAAAGAAGAAAACUAAUUACAGUUUUUUUUUCUUUGAGAACUACUUCUAGUUUUAAAACUGCUGCUAAUGCGAUAUGACAACACAAGUUAAGAUAUUUGUUUUCAAGUUCUGUUUAAACUUCAAUGGACUGAAAGAAACUAUGAAGCAUGCAGUUCAAUUUGAAACAGAUUUUAAGGUCUUUAUUGAGGAAAUGGGGAGUGCAGCAGGACAGCGUUUGCAACCUGGCAGUCAAAGUGAGCCGAGAUUCAGGUUGUGAAAAAAUGCCAUCAGUGGACACAGGCCCUUAAUCUUCUAAUUCUUAAAAACACACUGAGUACUUAACUUCUUGUUUGCGACAGUCUUGUUAAAUAAUCUAUUUCUUUGUUCCAGCGACCCCUGGAGAAACCAGACGGGUUGGAUGUGUCCGAUCAGAGCAAAGAGCAUCCCCAGCACUUGUGUGAAAAAUGCAAAGUCCUCGGCUACUACUGCAGACGGGACCAAUAACAUGAAUGGCCUCGACACCUUCUUGAAGGUUUAUGAAAAAGGGAUGUUCAUUUCAGUUACUAAAAAAAAAAAAAAAACACAUGACAAAUGAUUAAUUUUACUGUAAUUGAUUUACAGUCACAAAAUAUUCUCUGAAACUGUGACUUUUGGUAUAAGAAGCUCUUUUUUUUCUGUAAAGAGACAAGUAUUUUUAAUUUGGUGGUUACUUAUUUAGCUUUAAUUAUGUGAAUUUUCAUUUAGAGAGUCUUAACAAGGAACCACAAAUCUUACCAACUGUGAAUUAAGAAACUUAAGCUCUGACGGUCCUCGCUCAAGUUUAGGAGUGAAGUUUCCACAUAAGAGAUUCUUUAAAACAUGUUUGUAUAUUCCAGAUAUAACUUAAAUAAUGUGCUCUGUAUAAAAUAUGCAACAAGUCUUCACUAAAAAGGAUAUGCAGUAUAAAUGUAUAUCUGCAUUGUUAUGUGUAUUAUCAGUACUGAAGGGUACAUAUUUUUAAGCCAUUACAAGUUUGUUACAUAUUAUGAAGGAGUAAAUAAUAGCCAGCUAACAGUUAUUCUUGUUCACUGCCAAACAUUGUUACAGAUAUGUUCGUUUCACCUAACUGUUAACAGAUGCAAUAUGAUGGACAUGUUUUAUUUUUCCUGUAAUUAGAGUAAAUUACAGCACAGUUAAACAGUGUUUUGGCACCCAGUGCUUUAAGUAUCACCAAAGUGCCUUUAGAAAGUGUUUCCUAAUGUCUUAGGACAUAUAAAAAAGAACAUGAAUCUGUAUUUUUCAUGAAGGAUUUAAAGAAAGUUGCAUGUUACUUUAAGGCCUUUUGUAUUUUAGUAAAUUUAAACAGUUAAAUCUUUAUAUAACAGAGUCACACUAUGACUGAAAGUGUUUAAGAAGUGUGCGACACCUUUUGAAAUGCCUUAUUUUGAUUUACCCCAGAGUGGUUGUUGAACUCUUUAAAAAGUUUUGUAUUAAAGUUGUUCAAAUGCAGUGUUCAGUGUU